AUGGAAGAGGAGUUUGAUUUACCGGAAAUCGAUGAAAACUUUUGCAUGGUUUGCGGGAGAUCACCAUCAUUAAGAUGUUAUGGAGCGCGGGCGUGCGGUAGUUGCAAGGCUUUUUUCUUGCGGAUCACAACAAUCAAAGAAGCGGUUCCACCAUGUGCAGCGAGUGGGCGAUGUGCUCAACCAGAUUUUUUUAUUAAAGGAAAAGAAAAGUGUCGCGCGUGUCGCUAUCGAAAGUGUCUCGAAGUGGGAAUGAUCCCGGAUGUGACUGCUCGACGCAAAGGGUGUGAGUUGCGAGUGAAACGCUCACAAAUCGGUUUUCAACGCAGAAGAAAGAAAACACAGCAGCAAUUGCUGGAGCCAAUAGAACCGUCAACAUCGAGUGCGAUUCCACAAGUUGAUUCGCGAGAAGUUCAAUUGGCCUCUCUGAUCACUCCAUUUCACAUAAUCCCUUCCACAUCCGUGUCGACGAGCGUUUCGGUGCUGGUGAAUUUAGAGAAAAUCCUCUUAAACGACAACGACGCGAUACCGAAUCGACUCGAUUUCAGCUAUGAUUUGAACUUUUCUGUGACCGAUUUGCUCAAUAAUCCUGCUCUAGUUUGUCCACGAGUGCCGAUUGGAUUUGGCACCCCACUUCCACAUAAAAUUUCCAUGUCUCACAUUGAAACGAUGCCCGCUCGAAUCCUCGCUCGUCUCACCGUUCAAAUGGCCGAUUGGUUUCGGAAUAUUCCCGAGAUUUGGGAGUUAUCUGAAAAUGAAAGAACUCAACUCUUUUGCCAAAAAUUCUUGACCUACUUCUUUUUGUUAUUGUAUUAUUACAGCUAUAAGCAGAAAUUUAAUGGACUUGUUCACGCUUUUGGCACCUCUGUUUGUCUAGAUGAUGUCGAGCUUUUUAAAUCAAUGGAAGAUGGCUACAAAUUGAUGCUAAAAUACGGCUUUUCCACAAUAAUUCCCACUCUUCGACGAGCACAAGUGAAAGACGAGGAAUAUGUUCUAUUAAAGAAUAUUUUGAUAUUUUCUUCGGCGAUCGGUUUUUCUGAAUCAGGAGGAGAAGUCCUGCGAAGAGCAUACGCCAAGUACAGCACUCUUCUGCUAGAGCAUCUCGUUCGAGUGACAAACGAUAAAGCUGAAGCAGUCGAGAGAUUCUCGGACAUCAUGGCGAUUCCCUCAUUUCUGCAGUGUGCCGCUCAAAAAAUGAAUCCCGAAUUCGGUCAACACAUUCUCUGCAAUCGAGGCGGAAUCGGCACCGUGCUUGCAGCGGAAAUUUUCAAUAAAUCU